AUGAAGGAUCACAACUCAGAACACACCUCUGCCAGGACCCGUCUCCGAGCGCUCGGCCUCCAAGACCCGCCCCGCGUGUCUCUGGCGUCGCUUCCGCUGCAGCUCUCCAUCCCAGUCUCGCUCUGGUUUUGCGGCCACAGCCUGCUGCCCCUCACCCCUGCCUUCGCGCCUUUGCGCCCUCGCGGCGCCGCAGCCACAGCCCUGGCGCUCCCCGCUGGCCUUGCGGAGGCCGCCUGCGCUCUGUGCCAGCGCGCGCCCCGGGAGCCCGUGCUCGCCGACUGCGGCCACCGCUUCUGCCGGGCGUGCGUGGUGCGCUUUUGGGCGGAGGAGGACGGGCCCUUCCCUUGCCCCGAGUGCACUGAGGACUGCUGGCAGCGCGCGGUAGAGUCCAGCCGUCCACCGCUCAGCCGCCGCCUGCUGGCGUUGGAGGAAGCGGCCUCGGGACCCUCUCGCGAUGGCCCGGCUAGCGAGGCAGCUCUGCAGCUGUUGUGUCGCGCCGACGGUGACCCGCUGUGUGCCGCGUGUCGAAUGGCCGCUGGCCCCGCGCCGCCAGAGUGGGAGCCGCGCUGGAGGAGAGCGCUGCGCGGCAAGGAAAACAAGGGAUCUGUUGAAAUCAUGAGAAAGGAUUUGAAUGAUGCUCGGGAUCUACAUGGCCAGGCGGAGUCUGCUGCUGCUGUUUGGAAGGGACAUGUGAUGGACCGCAGGAAGAAGGCCCUGACUGACUACAGGAAGCUUCGGGCCUUCUUUGCAGAGGAAGAAGAGCGCUUUCUGCAAGAGGCUGGGAAGGAAGAAGGUGUCCUGGAGGAUGAGCCCACUGACCCAGCUGAGCGGUUCCAGUCUCUGCUGCAGGCCGUGUUGGAGCUGGAGAAGAAGCAUCGCAGUCUGGGCCUAAGCAUGCUGCUACAGGGUCUUGCUACGUGGUUCAGGCUAGCCUCCAAUGCUGGCUGUGGGGCACCCACCUGA